AUGUCAGCAAUGAAAGGCAAAGUCUUUGUGGUGUCUGGAGGCGCCAGUGGCAUGGGUCUGGCAGCAGUCAAACUCCUCGCAUCUCGAGGAGCAAAAGUGAGCGUGGCGGAUUGGAACACCGAUUUAUUAGCAAAGCUACAAAGCGAACUGGGUGUCAGUUCCUCACAUUUGCUGACCACCCAGCUGGAUGUGAGGAAGCGGGCUGAUGUGGACGACUGGAUCAAGGCGACCGUGGCGCAUUUUGGCAGACUCGAUGGAGGAGUGAACUGCGCAGGAGUCUUUGGGCGACAUAAUGUCUUUGGACCUCUUACAGAAACGGAUGACGAGCAGUGGGACGCGGCAGUGGGAGUGAACCUGACAGGGGCCAUGUACUGCAUUCGAGCUGAACUCCGAAAUCUGACCAAAGGAGGAAGCAUUGUUUCCAUUGCUUCAGUAUCCGGGCUCGAAGGACUCCCAAAUGCUGCUGCAUAUACGGCAUCCAAGCACGGAUUGAUUGGCCUGACACGAGCUGUUGCGAAAGAAGUUGCCACCCAAGGUAUCAGGAUAAACGCAGUCGCGCCAGGGUCUAUUCAAACGCCAAUGUUAGUGAGGGCGGAAGAGGACAACCACACAAGCCUGCCACCCUAUUGUCCAAUGGGGCGACAUGGCACUCCAGAAGAAGUCGCUAACUUGGUGGUCUGGCUGUUGGGAGAGGAAGCCAGCUUUGUGACAGGCAGCGUCUACACCGUCGACGGAGGAUGGCAUUGUUGA